AUGUUUCCCCUACGAGCCCUUAUCAUUUCAGGUACAGUAUGGCUUAAUUAUCGAGUUCAAGUCUCGGCGCCGUGCAGUUUCGAAUUGUCACGAUUUCCCAUUGACGCACAGGAAUGCACACUGGUGUUCGAGUCGUAUUCCUAUAAUAUAGCAGAGGUGCGGCUGAAUUGGCAAGAAUGGGCUCCUGUAACAAUGCCGGCGCCCAACGAUUUCCGUCUUCCCGAUUUUCAAUUCUAUAAUGUCACGUGGAGAAAGGUUGUCAACGAGUACACGGCUGGGAUGUGGGACCAGCUAAAAGUGACAUUCAGAUUCAAACGUCUCUACGGUUAUUACGUUCUUCAAAUGUACUUGCCGACAUAUUUGUCGGUUUUCAUUUCUUGGAUCGCUUUCUGGAUUGAUACGCGUGCGUUGCCAGCUCGGAUCACUCUUGGAGUGUCCUCCCUAAUGGCUCUCACAUUCCAGUUCGGUAACGUCGUUAAGAACCUGCCUCGUGUUUCUUUCGUCAAGGCUAUCGAUUUGUGGUUCUUCGUAUGCGUGGCCUUUAUCUUUUUCUCCUUAGUAGAGUUAGCUGUGGUAGGAUUCGUUGACAAAAUCUCCGAAAUCAAGAAGCGAUCAAAGAGAUUACGAUGUCGCCACAAGGCCAAAAGCUUUUCGUGGAAACAGAAAUCGCCUCCAGAAACGAUGAGAGGGAUACGAUAUCCGGUUAAUAACAAUGGUGAUGAAGCAUGGUAUCACAUGAAUGAAAAUUCAAAUGGGUAUUCUACCGGUGGCUCAAACUACAACCUUGGCUACCGCAGAACGUAUGCUGACGCCGAUUUGGGUGCCAAAGUGGACGCCAUCGCAGCGAAGGCAUUUCCUGCUGUGUUCGCUGCCUUCAAUGGUAAGCUGGCACCAAUUUUUUAA